UCAAGCACGCGCAGCUAAGCGCGUCCACGUGCUGUAUCAAGUGUGUGCGAGAUCGACACUGCAUCACAGCUCAUUCAAUUUCUAACCAGACGCCGACCAAUUCAGACAGCUAUGGCUUCCGGGGUGACAGUGACAGAUGACGUUAUCACAGUCUUCAACGAGAUGAAGGUGCGUAAGGCACAGGCGAACGAGGAUGAGAAGAAGAAGAGGAAGAAGGCGGUGCUGUUCUGCCUGAGCGAGGACAAGAAGCACAUCAUCCUGGAGGAGGGCCAAGAGAUCCUGACAGGAGAUGUGGGUGUCACGGUCCAGGACCCCUACCUGCACUUCGUCAAGAUGCUGCCCCCAGAUGACUGCCGUUACGCCCUCUACGACGCCACCUACGAGACCAAGGAGACCAAAAAAGAGGACCUGGUCUUCAUCUUCUGGGCCCCAGAUGGUGCUCCCCUGAAGAGCAAGAUGAUCUACGCCAGCUCAAAGGAUGCCAUCAAGAAGAAGUUCACAGGUAUCAAGCAUGAGUGGCAAGUGAACGGUUUGGAAGACAUCAAGGACCGGCGCACCCUUGCCGACAAGCUUGGCGGCUCAUCGGUAAUCACCCUGGAAGGAAGCCCUCUAUAAGUUUAGCCCCAGGCUUCAACUGAAGCCAGACAUCUGAAGGGGUUGGCUGUUCAUUCCAAUAUGGUUGGGAGGAGGGGCAAAGCAGGACCAGGAUCAUUUGUGGGACUGUUGGGGGGGGGGGGGGGGGGGGGAGAAAGUGACAGUUUUCAAAUUCCACAAAUGCAGCCUGUCAUUCCAGUUCACACGACAUGAUGACCACGAACAAAACGUACACUAAGAAAAAGCAAUAAAAAGAUAAAUAAAAUAAAAAAUAUAUAAAAUUGAUGAAGGAUGAUGAUGAUUAUGAAGACUAAAUAUGUAAAUGUUUGAGGACAGGGUUUUGUUCUGUCUGGAUUCCGCUAGAAUGACGAUCGCAGAGAAAAGGGACAGGGCAACAACUGUUACAAUUCCAACUUGGCUCCAGCAAGAUACUGUUCUUAAUUAUACAACUACCUUUUUUUGCCAAACUUCUAGUUAAGUUUUCUAAGUGUGUAGUUGAGACUAGGUGUAGUACAAGACCAUUAAUGCUUGAUCGAUAACACGUGACACAUCGACGUUCUCCGGGAGAGCACGGUUUAUUUGGGGGGGGGGGGUGAACAUGCAAAUUACACAACUUUUUAAUUGAGUCCAGUUAUUUUUAUUUCCAGUUCUGAGUUAAAUAAAACAUGGCAUUGAUGUAGUAAUUGAACACAUUCCUUAUACAACAGGAUCUGGUGGGGUUAGAAGUGUGAAGGUAAGAUGGGGGCAAUGUAUUUGAACAGCCAGUGUUCAGAAUUUAGACUGGUAUUGAAUGGUGGAUGUUUUGUAUCGUCUCCUUAUCUCUAAUAAAAAGGCACUAAACUAC